GUCAUUUGGUUGGUGUUUGAAGGUGUGAGAACAAUAUUAGACUGCAGAGUUGGGAGGAAUUUAGAAGAAAGCACUGUCUCUGCUUUGUCCUUCCUUGAUCUCUACAAAGUGUGGAUUCUGCUCCUCCACUUCUUACAUGGCCCUUUUAACCAUCCCUAUCAUGCAGGGACCUAGAAAGACACAGAAUCACAGCAAUGAUGGCCUCCUCAGCUCUGGCAAUGGCAAAGGAAGAGGUGACCUGUCCAAUCUGUCUGGAGCUUCUGAAGGAACCUGUGAGCACUGAUUGUGGUCACAGCUUCUGCCAAACCUGUAUCAUACUGAACUAUGUGUCCAACAGAAGAAUGGAUGGGGUAGGCAGCUGCCCUGUGUGCCGGGUUGGUUACCUGUUUGAGAAUCUGAGACCUAAUCAAAACAUGAUCAACAUAGUAAAAAGGAUCAAAGAGUUGAAGUCUAUCCCAGAGGAGAAGGAGAAAGUGUUUUACUGUGCACAACAUGGAGAGAAACUCAAGCUCUUCUGUAAGGAGGACAGGAUGGCCAUCUGCUGGGUUUGUGAGAGAUCUCAGAAGCACCGUGGUCACCAGACAGCUCUCAUUGAAGAGGUGGACCAGGAGUACAAGGAGAAGCUGCAGGCAGCUCUGAAGAAGCUGAUGGAAAAUGAAAAAAGAUGUGAUAAAUGGCAGGAUGACCUUCAGCAACAGAGAGCUGACUGGGAGAAUCAAAUACAGCGUGAUGUGGAAUAUGUUCAGAUGGAGCUUAAAGGACUAAGAGACCUCCUGGACUCCAAGGAGAAUGAGGGGCUGCAGGAGCUGAAGAAAGAGAAGGAAGAGGUUAUGGAAAAGCUGGAAGAGUCUGAAAAUGAGCUAAGGGAGCAGACAGAGUUGGUGAGAGACCUCAUCUCAGAUGUGGGACAUCAGUUGGCGCUCUCAACCAUGGAAAUGCUGCAGGGCAUGAAUUCUGUUCUAACAAGGAUUCAGGUCCUGAGACUGAAACAGCCUCAAACUAUCCCCCCAAAAAGAAGAAGAACAUACCAAGUUCAGGAUCAAGUUCAGGAUCUGAAUGUCAUGCUGCAAGCAAUUCAAGGGCUCAUGUAUGUCCGACGAUAUUGGGUUCAUGUGACUCUCUAUGCAAACAACCAUGCAGUAAUUGCCAUUAACAAAGAAAAAAGACAAAUACAACAUACAAGUUACUAUAAAAGGAAUCUGCAAAUUUCUAAGACCUAUAACUUGGGUGUCCUGGGAUAUCCAGCUAUCUGCUCAGGGAAACAUUACUGGGAAGUAGACGUGUCUAGAAAAAAGACCUGGAUCCUGGGAUUAAAUGAUGGACUGUGUGUUCAACCUCAACUUCAUUCUAUAAGUGAAAUGGGCUUCAAAGUCAAAUAUAAUUCUAGUGUGAAACAAUGUGGUAAUUAUCAGCAUAAAUAUGGCUACUGGGUUAUAGGGAUGAAGAAUUGGUCUGUAUACAAUGCCUCUGAUGAGUGUUCUGUUACCCACAAUUCCAGUGUUUUGGCCCUCUCUCUGUCUGGUCCUCCCAGUCGUGUUGGAGUUUUCCUGGACCGGGAAGCUUGUACUCUCUCAUUUUAUGAUGUUUCUAACUUUGGAGCUCUCAUCUAUAGGUUCUAUGAACCUUUCUUCCCUCAUACAGUCUAUCCAUAUUUUAAUCCUAUGGAAUGUUCAGAGCCAAUGACAGUAUGUGGGCCAUCCUCAUCAAUCUCUGUGGAAACACAGUCAAAAGAAUGACCCAUGGCAAACAUUGCCUUGGGACCUGUGAGAGCGACCACAGAAAAUAAGCUGGAGGGCCUUUUGCCUCAAGGACAUUUUGUUCCUUAGAUUGUUCUUGGAAAUGAUUUUUUAUUUCCUGCAACCAGCAUUUGCAUUCAGCCUAUAAGAUACGUUUACUCUUGUUGAAUGUUAGAACAUAGCUAUAGAAUCCAUUUCUGUGAGAGUAUAUGCUGAGUGCUAGCCUCAAUAUAUGCUGAUUCUAGACAUGGCCUUGUGCCUUGAUUUCUGGCUUUCCCAGUUAUAAUCUAUAGUAUAGUGUAGACCAUCAUGUUUAAAUUUGUCUGUCCUAAGAAAGUUGUGGGAAAGGGUUACUCUGUUAAUAUUUAGUAUAUGCUUACUGGCAUUUAUUUACAUGUUUUUAUAAUUAUAUUAUUCUGAACUCAAACAAUCUUCCUUAAAGUGUUGCUUUCUUUUUUACAUUCAUGUCUAAAAACACAGUGAAACUGAAGUGAAGUUGACUGUAGCAUUAGAGUGUAGGCCUCACCACCACCCUCAUUUAUUAAGGUCUUCAAAUCUCAGGUCUUGCAGAGAGAUCUGCCAAGGUGGGCAAAGGUCUACACCUCUUCCUUUUGUGGUACUAGAGAUGGAAGCUAUGACCUUCUACAUUCUGAGAAGAGGCUCCACCAGAGAGCUUCUUGCCUCAGAGCUGUCAGGUCUCCAUAACCCAAUUCUUUCUGUCACUGACAAAAGAUGAAAGAAAGUUCUUCUUCAACUUGUCUAGCACUUUAGAAAAUUAAAUAUGAGUCUCUCACUAAGGAAUGGGUCUUAGCAGAAGGUCAGUUUAACCACAAUGCUCGUGUUUCAUCAAAGAGUUAAGAAGGAACCUCCCAAAUAACAUCCACUAAGACCAGGUGUUUAGAGUAUCCAGGUUCUAAUCCUGCCUCUCCACAUAGCAGUGUAACCCUGAAUAACAUCCUCUAAAGCCUAUGUUUGCUUGGGUUUAUCUUUUUUGUCUCAUUUUUGAGUGUGUGUGUGUGUUACAAUUUUGGUAUAAAUGGUGACUCUAUAUUGUACAUCAUUGUAGUAAAAUAAAUUUGGGAUCUUCAGAAGACUCCAAGAAAAAGAACCCUUUCUUCCAAGAGUGACAAUCUGAGUUCUUUUACUCAGUCCUAGAAGUUGGCAGCCAACUCUAAUAGAGUAUUCUCAUCCUCCACACACAUGCAGUAGGACACAUAGGCUAAAACACCUAGACAAAUACAAAAUGAAUUGUGAGAUUUUUAGUAAGAGAAGAAGUACAAUGUGUAUAAUGCAUCCACUGCUCACUCAGCAAAUGGUAGUUGUGCUAAUUACUGGGAAGACAUGCUGUACUAGUGUUGCAUGCAGCAGUGGACAAAUGGGUGAACUAAGACUUGGCUCUCCUCAUGUGUUGCUAUUAGAUCCUGUAAACUGUCAUCAGGGCUCCUCAAACAUGUUAUAAAUAUCUAUUAAUAUUUUGGGGUUUUACAUUUAUUUUCUGAGAGACUUUUUUAGCUACAUUUGUUAACAUGUAAGUGAAAUUCAAUGAUUAUGCAUUUUUUAAUUAAUCAUUUUAUGUAUUUACACUCCAAAUAUUGUUUCCCCUCCUGGUCCCCCAUCCCAGUGUGUUUCACCCCAUGCCAUUUCUCCUUUGCUGCUGAGGGAGAGGACCCCAACACACUUUCCUACUCCCAUCCUACCAACACCACAUCUGGUAUAUUCCUAACAUAGAGCAUCAAGUCUCUACAGGAUUAAGCAUGUUCUCUUCUAUUGAGGCCAAACAAGGCAGUCCUCUGCUAUUUAUGAUGUGCCAUGGCCACAGACCAGCUCCUGUAUGCUCUUUGGUUGGUAGCUUAGUCUCUGGGAACUCUUCGGGGUCAGGGAUAGUUGAAACUGUUGGUCUUCCUAUGGGAUAGCCAUCCCCUCUAGCUCCUUCAGUCCUUCCCCUAUCUCUCUUUUUUUUUUUUCAACUUGGCACUGGACAUUUUGUUUGUUUGUUUGUUUGUUUUUAAGUUUAGAGAAAGAAUUGUAUUAAAGUUUUGAAAAACUAUGUUUGGUAUACAUUUCCCCAAACUUUUGCCCUGCAGAUUUUCUUUUUUUCUUUUUUUUCUUUUUUUUUUUUUAAUUAGGUAUUUUCCUCAUUUACAUCCCCGACCUCAGUCCAAUGGUUGACUGUAAGGAUAUGGGUUCAUCUCAGUCAGCUGAUGUAGAGUCUCUUAGAGGACAGCCAUACUAGGAUCCUAUCUGCAAGCACAACAUGGCAUCAGUAAUAGUGUCAGCAUUUUGUGCCUGAGCAUGCGAUAGACCCCAAGUUGGGCCGGUCACUGAAUGGCCUUUCCUUUUUUCUAUGCUUCAUUUUUGUCCUUGCAUUUCUUUUAGACAGGAACAAUUUUGGCUCAAAAGUUUUGAAGGCCCCCAUGACUCCACUGGGGGCCCAGUCUAUCUACUGGAGAUGGUCUCUUCAGGUUUCAUCUCUCCACUGUUGGGCAUUUUCAAAAUUUCCUUCCUUUGUCAUGGGGUCUCCCCCAUUGAGUCCUAGGAGCCUUUUACAUUCCAGGUUUCUAGAGCUUUCUAGAGCUUUUUCCCUCAGCCACCACCCCAAGCAGAUGCAUAUUUCUAUUAAUUCUCCUGGCACACCAAGCUUCUCUGCUGUCUUCCCCAUACCUGGUUCUGUACCCCUUUCCCCUCCCCCUUUCCUCUUCCACCCAGGUCCCUCCCUCUCACUGCCUCCUAUGAUUAUUUUGUCCCCCCCUUCAAAGUGAGAUUUACAGUCAUUGAUAAUGAUGACAAUGAUACCAAUAAUCCUUACCCUUGGUUGCACUGUGAAAUAUAAACAAUAGAAUGUCUUGGAACUUACAUUGUUUCUGCCAUGUAAAUGGUAUCUGAUAUGGUAUCUGGUAAGUUUUGUCUCUCUUUUGAUGUGGCGAUAAUAAAGUAUUAUUCAGAUCUGC